GCCUGUCAUUCUCUAUAUCAGACGUUGUCUUGCUGUUUGUCCUGUUUUAUCUUUAUCUUCACGCUUUAUUUUAGAAAUGCCCAAAGUACGUCGCAGUAGAAAACCUCCUCCUGAUGGUUGGGAACUUAUUGAACCGACGCUAGACGAACUAGAUCAGAAAAUGCGGGAAGGUAAGCCGCUAAUCCUUGCUCUUCGUCAUUCACACUGUUCGAUUCGUACUCGUUGAAAAUGUUCGAUAAACGAUGUGAUUAAAGACUGCCACAUUUAUCACUCUUUGGCGAUGAUUAAUGCUCCUUUCUUUCCAUUCAUUAGCUGAGACAGAACCGCACGAAGGAAAGCGAAAAACAGAGUCUUUAUGGCCCAUAUUUAGGUCAGUAUUUAUGGUUACUAUGUUUACAUAAAUUACUGACAAAAGCUUUAUUAAGAUACCGUUUUUUAUUAUUUUAUUUGGUUUGUUUUAUUUUGCUUUCCAAUCCAGGAUCCAUCAUCAGAAGUCUCGCUAUGUUUAUGACCUAUUUUACAGAAGAAAAGCAAUCAGCAGAGGUAUAUAUUAUCUUUUCUUUUCUGCUUAAUUUUUUUCUUCCAUUUGCUUUUGUUAGUUUUUGCUCAGAAAUUACUGAUAUAUAUACAUGGGUACAUGUUGCCUAAGUUUUGGCCAUCUCCUCAAGUCACAAAGAGAGACAUUUGAAUUAAUGAGACCAUACUGCCAUCCAGAGAUGCCACAUUGCUUUACUAUCCAUUACUUUAUUAUCAAACCAGGAAAACCAAGAAAAUUUCUGGAAUGUUAUUGUGUUCAAUAAAAAAAGCAAACCGGGCAUGAGAAACUAAACCACAAGCAAGAACAUAUAUAUAUAUAUAUAUAUAUUUUUUUUUUUUUUGUGGUUAGUUGGCAUGUCCUGAUCUUUGCAGUGAUUGGUUAUAACACAAUAAACAUUGACCUAAUAGAAUCAACAUCAAAACCACAGAGUGGCUCUAACUGAAAACCUGUCAUCUUUCUGUAUUGAUGCUUCAUUGGUCAGUACAUCCUUUCAUUUAUUUUUACCCACCUGAUAAAUAUAUAAAGUACCAAUUAGGUCAUUUAUUGGCUAAAGGAUCCCUGUCAACUGAUCAAAUAUUUUUUUCUUUAUAGAGCUGUAUGAAUACUGUCUCAAAGAAGGAUAUGCAGAUAAAAACCUCAUAGCAAAGUGGAAGAAGCAAGGAUAUGAAAACCUUUGCUGUUUAAGAUGUAUUCAGUGUCGAGAUACAAACUUUGGAACAAACUGUAUCUGCCGAGUUCCCAAAGCCAAACUGGAAGAGGUAUGUCUUUGAACUUAGUAAUAAAACUACUUAGAAGACCACCAGCCAUGGUGUUAACGUAUAUGUUUCAGUUCAUUUUUUAUCUCAGGUAAUUUUUGCUUUUCUUUUGUUUUUGGUCAUGGUAAUGUAUGGUGGGAAGAGUUUUUAAUAGGAAAGUUGAAACAAAGGAAAAACAAAAAAUUACCUUGUCACGUGGUUUUUGCUUCUUUCUCCGGUGUCCUUGACUGAAUUGUGCUCAUUCUGGUAUGGUUUGAAAGAUCUCUUCACCCUGCACAAGUUAGUGAAGAAAGUUGUCCUUGAAAAACUGAUGGCGUCACAAAAAAAAUUAAUGACAACAUAUAUAAACAUUCUUUUCCUUUACUCUUUGUCCAAUUCAAUUCUAAAAAAGCUAUUAUUUGAUUCUCAAAAGAAAUAGAAAAAAAUAGUGGGCUUGGACAUUUAUGUAAAGUUAUACUUUAUUUUUACACUCAUCGUUUUGCCUUCUCCGCCCUUAACUAUCAAUAGUUAGAUGAGGCAGGCAGAGUGGAAAGGUUACAGCAGUCAUAAAUAUAAAAUAAAAAAAGAAGCUAUGAAGAUUAUAUUAGAGUAAACUAAAAUAAUAAACUAUACGGAUAAUUAAGAAAUACAACAAACAAGCUAGAGUUACAAAACAGUCUUACAGAAUGGAAUUACAAGACAAAUUUACUAAAGAACUUAUCAUUUAUAAGUGCAUUAAGUUGUGGCUGCAGAUUUUGCGAUUUUUUGUAGCAGAAUAGACACUUUAACAUAAUCAUGCGCUGUUUGUUUCCAUUGUUGAGAGCAAUAAGUUAUAAAAAGGUCCUUUGGAGAGUUGAAAAAAUUUGUUGGGAAUUGCAUUUUAAAGUUUAGCUCUAAUCCUGGAAAAAGAACCUUGAGUUUGUUUCAGUCUUGAAGUUUGGGCAUAAUAGUUGCACAGAUGAAGAAAACCUGAAUGAAUUUGUACACCAAUGAAGUCCCUGGAAUAGCCUUGGAAUUAGCCUGAGAAAAUAGCCAACAUUUCGUGACGUCAUCACUGCUUUCCCUGUGAAAUGACCUGUGAGAAGCAAGGGCAGAAAUUCUAUUCUGAUGAUGCAUUACUAGUCUACCAAGAUCAGUAUAGUGCUUCUGAUUGGUCAAGCUGUGUGGGAAAUUUGCUUCAACCAAUCGGAAGUGCAACCAAGAACUGGGUAGUGACACAUCAUCAGUAUGGAAGAUAAACAUGAUGCUUCAGAAAAGUGAAAAAUUUUGCAUACAAAAAUGUAUACAGACCCAGUGUAAAGGCAAGAGAACUGUAGUGAUGUGGGUUUAAAUCUUUGUUUCUUUUCAGGGAAAAAUUGUUGAAUGUGUGAUAUGUGGAUGUCGUGGAUGUUCUGGUUGAUAUACAUAUAAACAGCAGAGGAUUUUCACAGAAGAUAAAUCCCCUUUAAAAGCUGUAAUUUCAGUAUUCUGAUUAAGAUACACAGU